CGCAAUAUUUUGUAAACAAAUAUUGGGAUUGGAGUGAAAAUGUGCUUCAGAGCCGGACAUUAGUUACAUUUUUUUCAAACUCUUUUAAAUUCUAUAUUUGUUCAAUUAUCGAACCAAAAUAAUAGACCAUGAAUAAAAUACAGAGUUCUGGUAUCUUAAAACGAUUAUUGUCUUCUAAUAUUUGUAAACACUGGCUGCUGUGUAGGUUUUCAAGCCGUACAUUUUUAUCAGAGGCUUACUUCUGUGAAGAAACCUGGAAGAAGAGAAUGGACAGUUCUACUUUAAAAGAUAUUAAAUUAGAUCAAUAUUUUGUUGACACUGAUAAGAAAUUUGGAACAAAGCGGCUUGUUAGUGGAGUUGAUUUAGAUAUUAAAUUCUAUUUUAUUGCAAACAAUACACUGUUUGUAAAAUCCAACACCAAAUGGUUACCAUCUAGCACUCGAAUAAUAAAUUAUUGCAUGCUUAUUGUUGCCUUCUUUCAGGAUUCGCAAAGGUGAGUGCAGCCCAGAACAAC